UGUCACGCGAGGGCAUCACACCGAUCCGAAUCUCCUUCCUCUCCCAUGCCGCCGCCUCUUGCCUUGGAAGGGAGGAAAGAAGCGAAGAGAAGAGAGAGCUAGCGGCGGCGGCGGCGGCGGCGGCGAGGCAGCUGGUUGUUUGUUGUUGGUUCCCUCUCCACGGCGACCUCAUUGCCUCUCCAUCUCUCUCGAGAACCCUCCGCGCGGCGACCUAGCUCCACCGUCAUCGCAGAGGAGGGGGGAUUAGGCUGUAGUAGUGUGAGAUGGCUUCGCCGGAGCCGGCCGCGGGGGCGGACGGCGCUUCGGCUAGCCAGACGGCCGUGGUGGAGCCGAUCCGGUUGCCGACGCCGGAGGAGAUCAAGGGGCAGGACAUCUGGAACAACUGCGCCGUCCGCAGCGUCGUCAGUGGAGUCAUGGGGGGUGGUUUAGGCGUGCUUAUGGGGCUAUUCUUUGGAGCUUUGGAAAACCCAAUUACAGCAGAGGAGAUGACAGCAAGACAACAAAUAGUAUACCAAGCUAAACAGAUGGGUAGGCGAAGUAUAAGCAAUGCCAAAACCUUUGCAGUCAUGGGCCUGAUUUUCUCUGCCGCUGAAUGUGUCAUAGAGAAGGCUCGCGCAAAGCAUGACACUACCAAUUCAGCGGUGGCUGGCUGUGUCACAGGAGGGGCUUUAGCUGCAAAAGGUGGUCCUAAAGCUACAUGUGUUGGAUGUGUGGGGUUUGCCACCUUCUCGCAGGUUAGCAACCAAGAGGUGGAUUCAGCAUCCAAAACAACCUUUAGUCAUUUUAAGACAUUCACUCAUUGACAUGUCUUCUGAGGUCUUGCAGACCAAGAUUUUGUUAUUUUACGAGUGUUACCCAACAUGGUAGGCAUAACUGGAGUAACUGCGAGGUCUACAGAAAUCGACCUUUAAUACGAGGCAAUGGUUUUGAGUUCUGCAAUAUGUUGUAUCAUUCUCACUAUACGGCUGCUAUAUUUAUCUUCGCAAUCCGUAUCCAAUUUGCUGUUAUCUUGUCUCACGUUACUCCAAUUCUUUAUUUCUACUGAUCUAUUGUCUGACAAUCUAGUGGCACGAUAUUUGGGACUGUUCAGAACACUGAUCAAGUGUUGUACCAUCUUUAUAUA